AUGAUUCCUCAACGCCCACCUGAGGAACAGUAUAAGGAUCUUUGUCAUUUUCUUAGUCCACACCUUGAAUCAUUCAAUUGGGCCGUGAAUACCGGUCUCCAGAAGAUUCCAGAGUGGAUUCCAGAACAAUUUGUCAAGCGCGAUGGCGACGAUCGCAUUUUACACUUCCAUGUUAAAGAAUUAACACUCACAAAGCCAUACGAUGCACGCGGAAAUAAGAUUUAUCCAUAUAUGUGCCGUCUUGGAGGACAAACAUAUGGAGGUUCUUUAAAUAUCAUUCUCGAAGCAGCUAUUAAUGACCUUCCACCAAAGAAAUUUAGUGUUGUUGCAAACAACAUCCCAGUUAUGGUCAACAGUGACCUUUGCCAUCUUAAGGGCUUAACACCACAAGAAAAGGGCGCCUUGAUGGAAGAACCAACCGAGGCUGGUGGCUACUUCAUUUACUCCGGUUAUGAGAAGCUUCUUCGUCUUCUUAUUCUUAAUAGACAAAACUACGUUUUUGCUUUGAAUCGUCCAUCAUUCCACUCUCGUGGUCCAACAUUCACAAACUUCGCCACAUCUUUCCGCUCAAUGGCACCAGAUUGCUCCUCAAUUACAACAAAUGUUCACUAUCAGAACACAGGCAACAUGGUUGUCCUUAUCCCAAUCCAGCGCAGAAUGUUCUUCGUCCCACUUCCAAUCCUCUUACGUGCUCUCGUCGAAGUUGAUGACCGUACAAUUUACGAAUCAAUCUGUGGCCAAAACCCAGACUCAUUCUACUCAGAUCGUGUCAUCGCUACACUCCGCUAUGCCUCAGAACUCGAUAUCCAUACAAGAGCUGGCGCUCGCGACUUCCUUGGCGCUCAUUUCAGGACAGUUUUACAAUGCCCACGCCAUUUCACAAAUGAAGAGUGCUGCGAAGUUCUUCUCAAGCGUAACCUCUUCCCACAUCUUUCAGACGAAGCGCCAAGCAAGAAAUUCGACCUUCUCAUCUACAUGACUCGUCGUUUACUACAGCUUGUCAAGGGAGAGAUUCUUCCAGACAACAUGGAUGCAAACUCCGCCCACGAACUCCUUACACCAGGCACUCUUUGGCUUCCAGCCCUUUCAGAUGCAAUUACAGACUUCUUGAAGGCUACAGCGGCCAACGUCUACAAGGAUGAGAAGAACGCGAUCGACGACUUCGAUGCCCUUCAAACAAUUCUCAAGAAGAACGCAUCAGGUGUCGAAAACAGAAUGCGCUACUUAUUCUCAACAGGCUCUCUCCGUGGUAACUCCACUCUUGGUCUUUCACAGACAGAAGGUCUUUCCAUCAUCGCAGAAAGAAUCAACUACUGCAGAUAUCUCGCUCACUUCAGAUCAGUCCAUCGUGGUGCUUUCUUCACAACAAUGAAGACAACAGCCGUCCGUUACUUACUUCCUGAGUCAUGGGGAUUCAUGUGUCCUGUCCACACCCCUGAUGGCGGUCUUUGCGGUCUUUUGACUCACCUCGCCAGAUUCUGUGAGAUUGUCACAGGUGAUUCUCAAGGAUUCAAAGAGAUCGUCCAGAUCUUCACCAACUACGGCAUGGUUCCAUUCCUCGGCAGCGGCGACAUGGUCCCUGUCAUUGUCGAUGGCCGCGUCGUUGGCUCCAUCCGCGAAAGACUUUCCUCUGCAGCUGUCGAAGCCCUGAAGACAGCGAGAAGGAAAGGAAUCAUUCCGAAGAUGGCCGAAAUCGCAGAUCUCCCUGCCGGCUCAUUCACACGUUCCAUCUACGUGUUCCUCAACCAGCAGAGAAUGAUGCGUCCUGUUUUCAAUGUCAAAGCGCAAGAACAGGAAUACGCCGGUCCUCUCGAACAGAUUUUCAUGGAUAUCGCAUCCAAUCCAAAGGACGAAUCCAAGGCAUACAGAGAGAUCCACCACACAGCGAUGUUAUCAUUGAUUGCCUCUCUCACACCAUUCUCCGACUACAACCAGUCACCACGUAACAUGUACCAGUGCCAGAUGGCUAAGCAGACAAUGGGAUAUCCAUCACACAGAGAAGCAGCAUCAACAGAAGUCAAGACAUACCACGUUCACUAUCCACAGCGUCCUAUUGUCAGAACAAUGGAACAGGAUUCCCAUGCCUUGGAAGAUUUCUUGUUGGGAACAAAUGCAUGCGUUGCAGUUCUUUCAUACACCGGUUAUGAUAUGGAAGAUGCUUUGCUCAUCAACAAGUGCUCUGUAGAAAGAGGUUUCGGACAUGGCUGCAUCUAUAAGACACAUAGAUACACAGCUGAAGAAAUCGAGUCCAACUCUUACUUCUGCAACACUAAAGAUGGAGUCAUUGUCGAUCCAGAUUUAGAUGCAGAUGGUCUUCCUUUCGUUGGCCAGAGAGUUUCAAAGGGCUGCAAACUCUUGAGAGUAUACAAUCCAAAGGAGAACAAGGAGAGAAUCAUGUCAUACAAGGAUGGCGAAGAUGGUUUCGUCGACAAAGUCAUCACAACAACUUCAGAUGAUGGAAAGAGAGUUCUCUCAGUUGUCCUCAAAUUCAGAAUGGUCAGAACACCAACAAUCGGUGAUAAGUUCUCAUCUCGUCACGGCCAAAAGGGUGUCUUCUCAUUCCCAUGGCCACAAGAGAACAUGCCAUUCUGCGAGAACGGCAUCACUCCAGACGUAAUCAUCAAUCCACACGCCUUCCCAUCACGUAUGACAAUCGGUAUGCUUAUCGAGUCAAUGUGCGGAAAGUUGAGAGCUUCCCAGGACUGCGCAUUCUUCGAUGCUACUCCAUUCACACACGAUGAAAAGAACAGAAUCACAGAUGAAGUCGGACAAAUGCUCGCAAAGGAAGGAUUCGAGUACUACGGAAAUGAAGCGAUGUACUCAGGAAUCACUGGCGAACAGUUCAAGGCAGACAUCUUCAUGGGUGUCGUCUACUACCAGAGAUUGAGACACAUGGUCGGUGAUAAGUACCAGGUGAGAGCAACAGGAAAGAUGAACAACAUCACAAGACAGCCACUCAAAGGUCGUAAGAAAGGUGGUGGUAUCAGACUCGGUGAAAUGGAACGUGAUGGUUUGCUUGCACAAGGUGUUACAUUCCUCCUCAGAGACAGAUUCAUGUGGUGCUCUGAUGGACACGUCGCUAAGCUCUGCAACAGAUGCGGUUCAUUCAUGUUCACACAGACAAAACAUGAUGAAAAUGGUGUUGAAGAGACUUACUGCACUUACUGCAAGAAAUCUGGUAACUGCACUUCUGUUUACGUUCCUUACGUUUUGAGAUACUUGUGCGCUGAGUUCGCUGCUAUGAACAUCAGAAUGAAGUUCUCUACUGAAGAACACAGCCAUGCUCAUGUUGAAGAAGAGAUAAAGGAAGAAUAA